AUGCAAAUGUAUUGUGUAGAUAUGCUGUGUAAAGCACUCUUCUCUUCUGAUGAUCCAAUGGCAGUACCUCAUUCAUUGGAUAAAGCUUAUAGCAGUGGACCAGCAACAAGCCGUCAACCCGGCUACGCAGUUGGUAUUUAUAAUGCUGACGGAGAGCAAUAUAAAAGCGUGAUUGGGAAGGUUAAGCAAGAUAAAGCUGUCAAGCACGCUUUAAAGAAAGACUUGUAUAGAAUAGCAGUCUUUACAAAAGACGAGCUAUGUAACAAAGGAUUAAAGGGGAUGCUUGGUUUCCAAGCCAUAGGUAAAGUAUUCCGUCUAAGUAUCCCCAAAGAACAGUUGAUAGGAAUUUAG